AUGUGCAGCUGUGUGCGGAGCUCCAGGGCUCUGUCCCCUGUGCUGCGCCCCGCUCGGCUGCUCCCUCAGACGGGCUACAGGCUGGCCGGCCGGGGCCUCUGGACCUCCCCGCCCUGCCUGGCUGUGGGGGGGGACUCCACGCUGCUGCCGCUGCCCAGCCAGGCCCGGGUGGUGAUCUGUGGGGGCGGGAUCGUGGGCUCGUCUGUAGCCUUCCACCUGGCCAAACUGGGCUGGACUGAUAUCGUGCUGCUGGAGCAGGGCAGACUCGGUGCAGGAACAACCCGACUGUGUGCCGGCAUUGUCAGCGUGGCCAAGCCUAUUUCCAUCGAGUGUCAAAUGGCAAACUACUCCAAUGGUCUCUACAAGGGGCUGGAGGAGGAGACCGGGGUCAAAACAGGUUAUGUGAAGACAGGCUCUCUGUGUCUGGCCCAAAAUCAGGACCGCUUCCUCUCUCUGAAGCGCCUGGCAUCCCGACUAAAGGUCAUGGGGAUCAGCUGUAACGUCAUAAAGCCUAAAGAGGUGGCUAAACUCCACCCUCAUGUCAACAUUCAUGACCUGGUGGGGGCGCUGCACCUGCCUGGAGACGCUGUGGUUUCUCCGCCUGACAUCAACCACGCCCUGGCUGUAGCUGCUGCUGGACACGGGGUCCAGAUCCUGGAACGGACCACCGUGCAGCAGGUUCUGGUGGAGAAGGGUCAGGUGACGGCGGUGGAGACGGAUCGGGGCUCCAUCGAGUGUGAAUUCUUUGUCAACUGUGCAGGACAGUGGGCGUACGAGCUGGGUCAGGCGAGUGAGAUGAAGGUUUCGAUUCCUCUUCAUGGCUGUGAACAAUUCUACCUCCUCACCAAACCUCUGCAGGACCCUCUCCCCCCUGACACACCAGUGCUGAUGGAUAUGGACGGACGGAUCUAUGUGCGGCCCUGGCAGGGCGGCGUUCUGUCGGGGGGCUUUGAGAAAAACCCCAAACCCAUUUUCACCGAGGGCCGAAACCAGCUGGAGAUCCAGAACAUGCAGGAGGACUGGGACCACUUCGAGCCGAUGCUCAGUGCGUUGCUGAGGCGGAUGCCGAGUCUGGAGUCGGCUGAGAUCCAUCAGCUGGUGAACUGCCCCGAGUCCUUCACCCCCGACAUGCGCUGCCUGAUGGGGGAGAUGCCGGGGAUCUCGGGGUACUUCGUGCUGGCCGGGAUGAACUCCUCCGGACUCGCCUUCGCUGGAGGAGCUGGAAAGUACCUGGCGGAGUGGAUGACGUACGGUUACCCCACCGCUAACGUCUGGCCGCUGGACAUCAAGCGCUUUGGAAACCUGCAGAGCAGCCGCACCUUCCUGAGACACCGGGUCAUGGAGGUCAUGCCCCUGCUGUACGAGCUGAAGGUUCCUCGCUGGGACUUCCAGACGGGCCGUCAGCUGCGGACGAGUCCUCUGUACGACCGCCUGGACACACAGGGGGCUCGCUGGAUGGAGAAGCACGGAUUUGAAAGGACCAAAUACUUUGUACCUCAUGGAAAAGAUCUGCUGUCUCUGGAUCAGAGUAAAACCUUCUACAAGCCCGACUGGUUCGACAUCGUCGGAUCAGAAGUGAAAUGCUGCAAAGAGGCCGUCUGCGUCAUCGACAUGUCCUCCUUCACCAAGUUUGAACUGAGUUCCACCAACGACCAGGCUCUGGAUCUUCUGCAGCACCUGUGCGCCAACGACCUGGACGUCCCCGUGGGACACAUCGUCCACACCGGCAUGCUGAACGAGCGGGGGGGCUACGAGAACGACUGCAGCGUGGUGCGCGUCAGCAAGAACAGCUUCUUCAUCGUGUCUCCCACAGACCAGCAGGUCCACUGUUGGGCCUGGAUAAAGAAGCACAUGCCCAACGACCCACACCUCCACCUGGAGGACGUCAGCUGGAAGUACACCGCUCUGAAUCUGAUUGGUCCUCGUGCGAUGGAUGUUCUGGCUGAGCUGUCGUAUGUUUCCAUGACUCCUGACCAUUUCCCCUCCAUGUUCUGCAAGGAGAUGAGUGUUGGCUAUGCUAAUGGAAUCAGAGUGAUGAGUAUGACCCACACAGGAGAACCAGGCUUCAUGCUGUACGUCCCCAUAGAGUACGCUCUGCACGUCUACAACGAGCUGAUGUCUGUGGGUCAGAAGUACGGGAUCCGUAACGCCGGGUACUACGCGCUGCGAAGCCUCCGCAUCGAGAAGUUCUUCGCCUUCUGGGGGCAGGACCUGGACUCCUUCACCACGCCGCUGGAGUGCGGACGAGAGUUCAGGGUGAAGUUUGACACGGACACGGACUUCCUGGGCCGGGCGGCGUUGCUGCAGCAGCGUAAGGACGGUGUGUUCAGGCGCUUCGUGAUGCUGGUUCUGGAGGACCACGACACGGAGCUGGACCUGUGGCCCUGGUGGGGGGAGCCGGUGUACCGUAACGACCAGCUGGCCGGCACCACCACCAGCAGCGCCUACAGCUACACCCUGGAGCGCCACAUCUGCCUGGGCUUCGUCUCCCCCCCCCCGAGUCCAGAGGGGCUGCCCACCCCCAUCACGCCCGACUUCAUCAACCGAGGAGACUACGAGGUGGACAUCGCCGGGCAGCGAUACCCCGCCAAAGCCAAGCUCUACCCCUUCAGCUCGCUCUUCACCCAGCAGAAACGCCGCAAGGAGGACAUGGAGCUCAGCAACCUGCAGGGGAAGUGAGGAGGCGGAGAAACGCCCGAAAUCCAAUACUCCUUUGAUGUUUUUUACAACCCAGUUUAGAUUGAACCAAAGCCCCCCAAGCAUUCUCUCUAUUGUCAGCCAGUCAGACAGAAAAAACAGGUUUUAGGUUGUAUAGAAGUCGAUUAGGAAAAUAACCCGACUUCACACUUCAUUUAUUAUCUUUAAAGUCUAAAAUGCAAGUCUUCUUCAGUACAGAAUCAUGUGCAUAUGCUUUAGGGCUGUGCUGCUUUGUGAUUGACAGGUCAGUACCGUCAUGUUGUCCACUUAAAGUUCUCUUUUACAAUUUGUGUCUUCAGUUAAUGGGUGUUAAUAUUGUAUUUUGGUCUCAUAAGAAAGUCCCCAGGAAGUGCGCCUGACAUUGAUGCAACGGUUCCUAGUGGCCAAAUGGCGGUACUACACCUUAUGUGUCAGUCCAUGAAGCCCUAAAAGAAUUUCCCCUUUGACUUACAUUGGGAAAGAGAAGUAUGAACCACUUGUAUAGCCCUUAUGUGAAGCCAUUAGGGUGUAAAAUGCGCUACAAGCUGAAUCUUUACUGUAUCGUAGACGUAAUUGUACUCUUCUAUCUCUUCAAUGACGCGUUUGCAGACUCGAAUGCGUGGUGAAAUCUCAGCUGGGUUGGAAAACGCUCGACACCUCCUCCACUCCUGCUACAUAUCGCCUCCUCUCCUAGCUGCGGGCCGUGUGCAAAAUCACUCCUCGUCUCCUUCUCACGCCCCCCCCCCCCGCUGCGCCCGCCUCUUUAUACGUGCAAUAUUUACUAGCGCCAAUUUAUUAUUAGAUUAAAUCAGAUUAACUUUAUUGAUCCCAAACUGAGGAUUGUUUUGUUUCAGUGGCAUCUUAACAAGCACGUGAUUUAAAAAUAUAAUUCAAUAUAACAUAUCAACAGCAGAAAGAUAUAUAUAUGUAUAGUAUUUACAAUAUCAAAUAUAAAGAGAAAUUUUGUUUUGUUUAUUUGUUUACUUAUUCUGUUUAAUGUGUAUUCCAUAAAUAAAUAAAUUCAAGUAUAUUUAAAUAAAGAUGAUAAUAAACAGCAAAUAUAUACAUAUCAACAGUACUAUACAUAUCUAAAGAGUAUCCAAGUAAAGUACAAGUAAAAUAUACCUUUUUAUUGUUAUUUGAACUCUAAUAUUAUCUAUAGAUUAUACGAUAUAAAAUAAACAUGAUGUAUCUUCAUUUUAAUUCUGUAUAUUUUAUAACGUGUAUUAAAUAGAUAAAUAUCGAUGUCAAAUUCAACAUAGAAAUAUACCGAAUAAUUUUGUAUUCGUCAUUUGUUUUCUAACUUAUUCUGUAUAUUUUAUAUUAUAUAUAUUUUGAACUUGUGUGCGUCGCCUUGUUUACACGCUGCUGCAACAAAACACUUCCCCCUGUUCCGGAUAAAUAAAGUUUAUGUAAUUGAAUCUGAAAGCUUGUGCUGUAUCAGAUGCAGCACGAAUGCUUUACACUCAACCAGUGCCUUUGUGUGAAGGCAUCGACACUGAGUUCACUUUAACGCAUCAGAGGGGAUCUCAAGGGGAUGUUGAAACUAAAAGGAUUGACAAUCUCCUCCUGUAGUCUUUCAGAGUCUGUGGAGUCAUUUAAAUGUAGAUUAAGAUCGAUGCUGAUGUGCAAAUGCAGUUGUUAUGCACUCUGUUAUUGUGAAUGUAAAACAUGUGAGUGGUGUGGCCUACUUGAUAUCCUUUACUAGGGCUGCAACUAUCAUUAUUUUCUAGAUUAUUUCAUUAUUAUUUGGGCUUUAAAAUGUAAGAAAAUAGGUUAAAAUAUUCCUCAAAAUCCAACGUUAUGUCUUAUACUGUAAGGCUAAGUCAGUCAAAAAAUCAGCCAAAUAUAUUAAAUUAAAUAUUAUUUAAAGACAAAUGUAAUUGUUUGCAUGAGAAAUUACAAUAUAUCAAAAUAUAGACUCAUCCUUUGAGCUCUAGACUUUAUACUGUCCACUACAUUAAUAUAAGUAACUGCUCGUGUUGGUAAAGCUUCCCAGGUUCUCCGUUUAAUCCUAAAACCAAAUCAAAAUGAACUUAACUUGAAUUGAUCUCUUUUCCCCCUCCAUCUGUCCUGGAGUCAUUUUGCUGAGUCAUGCUUGUGGAAAAUGUAUUUGUAGUGAUAUAAUCUGCCGUGUUAUUUAUGUUUUUUGGUCGUUUUGAAGUACCUUUGCCCCGGUUUUGUUUCCCCGAUGUGUUUGAGUGUGUCUGAUGUGUUCAGAGUCUAAUUAUCUAACAUUGAGUUCUGCCUGAUGUUUGUGUAAAGGACUUCAUUGAGAGUUGAAAUAAAGCGAAGUAUUUUUGUAAAGCGA